UCCUAAUUGCCGCUACUAACGGAAAUCAUCAACGCAUGCUUUAACUUGUCAAACCCAGUCAAAGAUCAGACAAAUUCAGAACAAUGUUGCACGGAACUGGCUACGAAAAAAAUCCGGAUUUGAAGCAUCUAGCUCCACCACAAACUGGUACUUUCCUUUGUCUGCACACUUCGCCGCCGCUGCAUAUAGCCCUGCAUGGAAUGUCGGCCCUCAUCCACACCCGUUUAUCCAAGACGGCUUUUGAUCUUUGCUUGGAACUCCUAGAGGCCGGGGUAAAUGCCCAAGCCUUGGCCAGGGUCAUCCAGAAUGUGCUGCAAGUCAAGGAGAAAAAAAUAAGAGACCGCUAAAUAUUACCAGACAUCAUAAAAUUAAAACUUUCCUACAGACAAGCCGAUUAGUCUUAUCACGUCCGACCUGCGCAAUUCAACCCUCAACUCUAGUCAUGAUUACCACUAUGAAAUCCCUUAUUUGAUAAGAAAUAUCAGUUAUAUUUGGCACAGACCAAGCACUGUAAUAAACUAUUGAUAAGUGGGCCGUUAAA